AUGAACAAGGUGCAGGUCGGCAUCGCCUCGGUGUGGUACGAGGGCAACCCGUGCAACAUGCACCUGCUCGACAUCGCCGGCGCCGCCAAGGAGAGCUGCGAGGGGAGCGGGAUGGUGGGCCUGCGCUUCAACUCGAUCGGCGUCUCCGACGGCAUCUCCAACGGCACCGACGGCAUGGCAUACUCCCUCCAGUCGCGAGACCUGAUCGCAGACGGCAUCGAGACGGUGAUGGGCGCGCAGUUCUACGACGCGAACCUCUCGAUCCCUGGCUGCGACAAGAACAUGCCCGGCUGCAUCAUGGCGAUGGCGAGAGUCAACCGGCCCUCGGUGAUGGUCUACGGAGGCACCAUCCGCGCGGGCUGCCGGCCAGACAAGGACGAGAAGCUCGACAUCAUCUCGGCCUUCCAGGCCUCGGCCGUCCAGGCGUACGGCGAGUUUGUGACGGAGAAGAUCGACGACGAAACUCGGCUCGGCGUCGUGCGGCACGCCUGCCCCACUGAUGACUGGCUCGACGUCGUGCGGCACGCCUGCCCUGGCCCGGGCGCGUGCGGCGGGAUGUACACGGCCAACACCAUGGCGUCGGCGAUCGAGACGCUGGGCAUGUCUGUGCCGUACUCGUCCUCGAUCCCUGCCUGGGAGCCGGCUGCCAACGGGGGGAAGGGCGGGCUGCACCCGGAGAAGGUGUCCGAGGUGCGGAGGGCGGUGGAGGCGCUGCAGCACUGCAUCGCCGUCGGCCUCAAGCCGCGCGAUAUCAUGACGAAGCACGCCUUCGAGAACGCCGUCCGGCUGGUGAUGGUGACGGGCGGGUCGACAAACGCGACCAUCCACCUCAUCGCGAUGGCGCGUGCUGCCGGCGUCGACCUCACGCUGCACGACUUCCGCCGGAUCGCGGCGGAGACGCCCUUCUUGGCGAACCUCAAGCCGAGUGGCAAGUACGUGAUGGAGGACUUGCACGCCGUCGGAGGCACGCCCGCCGUGCUAAAGUACAUGCUGCAGGAGGGCCUGCUGCACGGCGAUUGCAUGACUGUCACCGGCAAGACCAUCGCCGAGAACAUCGCCGACCUCCCUCCGCUGGCGGAGGGGCAGGACGUCAUCUACCCCGUCUCGAAGCCUGUCAAGGCGACGGGGCACAUCGCCAUUCUCGAGGGCAACCUGGCGCCCGAGGGCGCCGUGGGGAAGAUCACGGGCAAGGAGGGGGUCCGGUUCAGCGGGCCGGCGCGCUGCUUCGACGCGGAGGAGGAGAUGAUGGCUGCGGUGGUGCAGGACCCGCAGGCGCUCAAGGGGGCGGUGAUCGUGAUCCGGUACGAGGGGCCAAAGGGCGGGCCGGGCAUGAAGGAGAUGCUCUCCCCGACCUCGCUCGUCAUGGGCGCCGGCCUCGGGCACGACGUCGCACUCAUCACCGACGGCCGCUUCUCGGGCGGCUCGCACGGCUUCUGCGUGGGGCACGUCGCGCCCGAGGCGCAGGUGGGGGGGCCGAUCGCGCUGGUGAGGGACGGGGACCUUGUCACCAUCGACGCCGAGACGCUCGAGAUCAAGGUCGACCUCUCUGAGGCCGAGCUGGCGGCGCGGCGCGGCGCGUGGGAGGCGCCGCCGUACAAGUACACGCGAGGCACAAUGUACCGCUACAUCAAGACCGUCUCGUCGGCGCAGAAGGGGUGCGUCACCGACGAGUGACCGCGCGCGCGGCGCCGAGCCGUGCCCCACCCCCUCCUCCACCGCCGCCGGCCUCGAACACCCCACCUCUCGCUGUCUGGCCUUGGCCGCCCUCUGCGCUCUGCUCGCGCCGGCGGCUGAUCUCGCUCGCGCUGCCGCUGUCGCCCCACUGCGGUGGGGUUGACUUGGUCCCGCUCUCUCGCGCUGCCGGCGGGCGGCGUCGUGCGCCGCGUGCGACGCGCAACAACCCCCCCCCCCCCCCUCCCCUCCU